AUGCCUCUGUGUCAGUGGUGGACCAUCAAGGCAACCAAGGAUCCUGAAAUGUUUCUACCAGUGAGCACAGAGCCCAAGAAUAAUACUCUUGUAGACAAAACAUUAUAUUUUGAUGAGGAAAAAGUUGACUCCAAACCAGUGGCAUCCCUAGAGGAUGUUCUCUUUCAAGAUGAACCCGGAAGUGGUGAUAGAGUCUUCCCGACAACACCACGGUUUGUUAUUCAUGCCACCGACCAAAGAGAGCUUACGACAGAAGCACGGGUUACUGAUGAUGAAGACUUGGUAGGAUCAGGAGAAGGAAGUGGGGUGACCACUAGUGGACUGUCACCAGUGCGGUAUUACAGAAUAAUGAUUGUCGCCCUCAACAUCAACUAUACUUCAGCUUUACAAGAUUAUACCAGUGCCGCAUACAAGGCUGUCACCAUUCCUCUACAAUUAGCAUUAGAUGAUCUUUACCGCAACACACCUGGGGAACAGUUUUCUACUAUCCUUCAGUAUACGGAAUUGAUUGGUGGUGUAGAGAUUUUAUAUGAUCUUGGUAGUAUAAAUUACUUUGAUGAUGAUGUGAUGAGGGCUGUGUCAGAGUCUGCGGUCCAAUCUGGAAGUAUUGGUAACUUAAAGGUCCAUCCAGAGUCAUUUUAUUUUGAGGUCGUCAUCCCAGAUGUUGGCAGUGGAGUGACCCCAAGCUCAAUUAUUCCAACGAUUGUGGCAUAUUUUAGAGUGUCAUUCUUCAUUAUUAACUACCCUAUACCUGCUGAGGGACUAGUUGAAGGAAGUACUGCCUACCAGCAGCUAAAAGAUGAAAUAUACUAUGAGAUUAACGCCCUUUACAGCAGCCUUCCAGGUCAACAAGACAUCCGGGGACUAAAACUAUUUGAGGAGAAUAACGCAGUUAAAGUGUCAUUUGACAUUGUGAGUGUGGGAUUCGCCGAGUCUGCUAUAGUCAGGGACACGCUAUACUCCGUCAUCAGUACUGGAUCACUCAAUAGUUUUGAAGUUGAACCGGAAUCAUUGACAUUUAUUACUGUAGGAGAAGGAGAAACAUCUUCUGUACCUAACUUAACAACAGCUCAACCAUCUCCUGCAUGCCGUGGAGAUGCACAGUUCGUAUGUCCAGAUGGACAGUGCGUUGAUUUUGCAAGAGUAUGUGAUGGUUUUCGUGACUGCUCCUCUGGAGAAGAUGAACAGUCUUGUUCAUGCUUAAUACCCAAUGCUUUCACCUGUAAUACGCAGCAGUGUAUCCAAGGAGAUCUUGUUUGUGACGGAUUUAGAGAUUGUACUGAUGGAUCAGACGAGGUUGGGUGUCAAGCUCCUACAUGUAAGGCUACUGAGUUUCGUUGUGCAAACGGCGAGUGCCGUCCAAACUUUGAACGUUGCAAUGGGAAUUAUGAUUGUGCAGACGCUAGUGAUGAAGAUUCUUGUGCCCUACCACCAAAUGUUUGCGGUACAGAUCAAUUUGAGUGUGUCUAUCAAUUUGAAUGUGUAGAUAUCCGUUACGUUUGUGAAGGUUACCUUGAUUGUACUGAUGGAUCAGAUGAAGAGAAUUGCCGAACUCCUACUACACCUGUUAUUCUCCCCCCUGAGUCUACUACAGCCGUGCCUAUCUUACCACCUGUAAGUCCCACUAUCCACUUUCCAUGUGCCGAUGGACUAGCCACUUGCAAUGAUGGUGGCUGCAUCCAGAGGGAUUUCAUUUGCGAUGGAGACAGAGAUUGCAAAGAUGGAUCUGAUGAAAUUGAUUGCACUGGCGAUCGCUGUGAACCUAAUGAAUUCCGAUGUAACAACGGGUUCUGUGCAAUGAAGAUCUGGCGUUGUGAUGGUGACAUUGACUGCACUGAUGGUUCUGAUGAACUCAACUGUCCAACUGGGUCACCUGAUGACCCAUGUACAGCUCAGGAGUUCCAGUGUCUGAAUUCCUUCGAAUGUAUUCCUAAAGCUUAUCGUUGUGAUGAUCAAAUUGAUUGUGUCGACCGUUCUGAUGAAAUCACUUGUGCCAAACCAGAUGUCACCUUACCUCCAAAUCCUCGCACGACUUAUUAUGUUGGAGAGACAAUCAUUAUUUACUGUGAGGCACAAGGAAUCCCUUACCCUCAGAUUACAUGGCGUCUGAACUGGGGAAGUCUCCCAGAGUCAGAUAGGAUUACAACAACAAGUGUGCAAGGUCGGGGUACACUGACUAUCAGAGACGCACGCAAAGCAGAUCAAGGUGCAUACACCUGUGAGGCUACAAACUCCAGAGGUAGUGUCUUUGCAAUUCCAGAUGCUAUCAUCAUUGUGAUUGACAGAGGAACUGAUAUCUGUCAAAGUCCAUCCUUCAAUGAUGCAGCAGAGAUUCCUGCUGAUUGCAUUGACUGUUUCUGUUUCGGAGUUACCUCAACUUGCUUCAGCAGUGGUUACUAUGAGACUCAAGUGAGCAUUCCUUUCAAUGUGCCAGAUGAUCUAUUUGGUGUUCAGUUAUUCAGAGAUAAUGAUGGUAACUUAACACUGGUUUCAAGUCAAAAUGUUCAAGUGUUCUCAGUUAGUGGUUUUAUUGCUGCUCGCGAACUUGUACAGCUUCCUGCAGGAGAUUAUUACUGGUUUCUACCAGACCUUUUUACUGGUAACAAGCUGACAAGCUAUGGUAUGCAUUUGAGUUACUCAUUCCGUUACACGUAUGAAGGUGCAUCUGACUUUAAAGACGAUGUCUAUGAUGUUCUGUUGAAGAGUGGAGACAUUGUUUUGGCUUACAAAGACCCAGUACCUGCACAACCUCAGGCUAUCAUUGACCGAAGAAUACCAUUGACAGAGCGGUGCGGUCCAGGUUAUUACCGAGAUGCAUCAGGUAAUCAAUACCUAGGAUUGUGCACUGAGUGCAGAAACAGAUGUAACGGUAAUUCAAACGAUUGUCAUCCAGAAACUGGUGCUUGUAGAAAUUGUGAAUUCAACACAGCAGGAAAUGCUUGUGAUGUAUGCGCUGAUGGCUACUAUGGAGACCCAUUGGGAGGCCGCCCGUGUAAGCCCUGUCCAUGUCCUUUGGAAGUUGAAUCCAACCAGUUCUCUAGGACAUGCUACAUGGAUCCUACGGAUAAUUUACCAACUUGCGACAGGUGUCCACAAGGCUAUGAAGGGAGACAAUGUGAAAGGUGCUCUAAAUAUUUUGUUGGAAACCCAAUGGAAAUUGGCAGCUCUUGUAACCUACAAGGUACAUUCUGUGAUAGCGAUGGAUAUUCCAGUAUAGAUAACAACGGAGAUUGUGUAUGCAAGGAAAAUGUUGAAGGGGACAAGUGUAAUAGUUGUAAACCUAAAACAUUCUUCCUUGGUCCCAAGAACCCAAAGGGCUGUAUCUCUUGCUUCUGUAUGGGUGUGUCUACUGAUUGUAGCAGUUCAACAUGGAGUAGAGAUUCGCUGUACAUCAGGUUCCAAAGAGUUGGUGAGACAUUUGACAUCACACUCAGUGAUCCAAGUGCAGAAGACACUGGUGCCAACCUUGUAGUACGACCAGCUGCCAGAGAGCUCUCCUUCAGUUCAUUUGGCACACUGCCAAGAGACACUUUUUACUGGAACUUACCAGAAGAUUUUACUGGAAACAAGCUGACAUCUUAUGGUGGCAAUCUGCGCUACUCUAUUGCAUAUAGAGCAGCUCCAAGUGGAUCCCCGACUCUUGAACCAGAUGUCAUCAUUGUGGGCAAUGGUCUGCGGCUUUAUCAUUACUCUAAUGUUACCUUAACACCAGAUCAAAAACAAAGUGUCUCUGUUCCAUUCUUUGAGAAUGCAUGGAAAAGACCAGAUGGUGAUCCAGUACCACGAGAGAUAUUUAUGAUGGCUAUCACAAAGCUUAAUUCCUUGCUUAUCCGUGCUUCUUACAGUACACAGAUGACAGAAACAAGUAUACAAGACGUUUCAUUAGAUGUUGCGUAUGAAUAUGAUACUGGCCGAGACCUCGCAUAUGAGGUUGAACAGUGUGUUUGUCCUCCAGCCUAUGAAGGGCUUUCUUGUGAACGAUGUUCACCUGGUUUUACUAGAACUGGAGCUGGCCUUUACCUUGGUUUCUGUGGUCCUUGUGAUUGUAAUGGACAUUCAGAUCAAUGUGACCCUGAAAGUGGUAUCUGCAGGAAUUGCCUUGACAACACUGUAGGUAAUUAUUGUGAAAGUUGUGCACCUGGUUACUAUGGUGAUGCAAGACAAGGAUCUCCAUCAGACUGUCGGCCGUGCCCAUGCCCCGGUGGUACAUCAUGUGAAUAUAAUGCAAAUUUUGUUGUGGUGUGUACAAAUUGCCCUACUGGAACAACCGGAGACAAGUGUCUAGAGUGUGCUCCAGGGUUUGAGUGGAACGGAAUUCAGUGUGUCCAAAGGGGACCUUGUAAUUGUGACCUAGAUGGCAGUAUUAACAAUAAUUGCCUAGAAGAACGAGGGGACAUUCCAAGAACACUCUGUCCAUGCAAGACCUUUGUUACUGGUGACAGAUGUGAUCAAUGUCAACCAAAAUAUUACAACUUAGCCGCCUCAAACCCUGAUGGAUGUCUCCGAUGUUUCUGUAUGGGUGUUACGUCUGACUGUAACAGCUCUCCUUACUUCAGAGACAGGAUUUAUCUUACAUUCCCCACCUCUGUUAAUCCAGUGGGAACUCGUCUUGUGAAUAGCGACCAAUCGGCAUCCUAUGAUGGACCAUUUUCUAUUAAUGUUGCAGAGCAAGAGAUUUACUUUACUCAAUUCCAGGACCUAAAUCCUGAUACCUAUUACUGGAAACUCCCAUCAAAGUUUCUUGGUGAUCAGUUGACAGCCUAUGGAGGAAGCCUAAGAUUCACCAUCAACUACAGAAUUGGGUCUGUUGGUGGUAUUCAAAGCCAAGACCCUGAGGUCCUACAGCUUGCAGGUAAUGACAUCACAUUGAUAUACCGUGCUGAUGAAGUGAUACGGCCUGGUCAAACAAGGAUCUUUGAUGUUCCACUUGUAGAGUCAUCAUUUGUGCGUCCUGAUGGUGAGAGAGCAACUCGUGAACAUAUCAUGAUGAUCCUAGCAGAUCUUGAUACAAUUCUCAUCCGUGCUUCCUACCACACCGGCACUGUUGAAAGCAGAUUGCGAGGUGUUUCCAUGGACAAUGCUGUCUGCAUACUAUGUGAAUGUAAUGGUCAUUCUGAGGAGUGCGACCCUGAGACUGGUGUUUGCUCAGGUUGCCGUGACAACACAUUUGGUGAUUUCUGUGAAUUGUGUAAACCUGGUUACUAUCAAGGUGAUGCGUCAGUUGGUUGCAGGCAGUGUGCUUGCCCUCUUACUGCACCUUCAAACAACUUCUCACCACUCUGUGAAUUAGAUAAUCUGAACAACCUCCGCUGUACUGCAUGUCCUGAGGGAUAUGAAGGCAGUAGAUGUGAAAGAUGUGCGGCAGGAUAUAUUGGUUCUCCAACAGUCCUCAACGGCAAAUGUUCAUUGGAUCAAUCCAUUAUUGAACAACGCACGAUCCCCGACACGAUCAAAGCGAGGGCAAAUCAACCCACAUGGGGAAUCCCGGAAUUGGGUUGCCGUGACAACACAUUUGGUGAUUUCUGUGAAUUGUGUAAACCUGGUUACUAUCAAGGUGAUGCGUCAGUUGGUUGCAGGCAGUGUGCUUGCCCUCUUACUGCACCUUCAAACAAUAUUUGUUAUUUUUCCAAGGUUUCUUACACAUUAGCAUGGAUGAAGGAAGGUGGUGCUCUGCCACAAAAGGCAGAAGCUUUGCCUAAUGGUGAUUUAAUAAUAAACAAUGUUGAUCAGUCUGAUGAAGGUGUUUAUGCAUGCAUUGGUUCAAACAUGUUUGAGAUGGACAAGACCAUGGUUAGUCUUCGAAUUAGAGAUGGAUAUGAGCCCCCACAAGUUCGUAUUACUCCAGCAUACCGACAGAUAACAGAAGGAGACACGGUGCUCUUUGUGUGUACUGCUAAUGGAUCCCCAACUCCUACGAUCACAUGGACACAUCAGGGAUUCUCUACAUUGCCUUCCAAUGCAGACAUCUCAAAUGGAGUUUUGCGGAUCUCUUCCGCUUCUGUGAAUAAUGCGGGAACAUACCAGUGUGAAGCAUCUAACAUAGCUGGCUCAAAAUCAGAACUUGCAACUCUUGUUGUCAUAGGAAUUCAGCUUCCAACACCAACUAUCUCUCCUGAAUUUUUGGAUUUACACGAAGGUCAGACGGCAGAAUUUACUUGUGCUGUUUCUGACUCAACAGCAGUAGUUGAAUGGACAAGAAGGGAUGGGCGUCCACUUCCAGCAAAUGCUGCACUGUCUGGAAACACCCUGUAUCUUCAAUCACUGCGUCCAGAAGAUUCAGGAGAAUAUGUAUGUACUGCUGGUAACUCUGCUGGGUACAGAUUCACCACAUGUAACCUAAUAGUCAGAGAAGAUUUCCGUGUUGCUCCAAAUGCUACCAUAAUACGAGAGAGAGCUGUUGAUAAUGUUCUAACCAUUCAGCAGGGACAACCUUACGUACUACAAUGUUACGUGACUGGUAACCCACGACCAAUGAUAAGAUGGGAAAGAACUCAAGGCUUCAAUAGUAACCACGAAGUCUCUCCAACUGGAGCGUACCUGACAAUCCGAAAUGCCCAACCUGAAGAUAGAGACUAUUAUUCAUGUAUUGCAGAAAACUCUGUAGGAUAUUCAAGGGACUACAUCGAAGUUGACAUUCAAAGGCGUUCUCUUCCUGAAAUUGAACUAUACCCUGAGCUCCGCCCAGUGUAUGGCAUUGGUGAAAGUAUUCAGUUCCUGUGUCGUGUUAUAGCUGGUGAUCCUUCUCCUCAAGUAUCAUGGAGUUAUGCUGAGGGAACAAAUCCCUCCUCAGCUGAGGUGCAGCGCCAGGGUCCUACACCGUCAUGUGGAGGCGUGUACAUAUGGAAAUGCCGGAAUCACAUGGAACCAAUAACGGAGUCUUAACAAUUUAUGAUUCGCUGGCUGAAGACUCUGGCGAUUAUUAUUGUGUUGUUGGAACUCAAUCCGGUUUUGAACGUUUUGUUGUGUCUCUGAUUGUUAAUGCUCCUCCAGUUGCUGAUGUUAUGCCAAGAACGCAAACCAUUGUUGCAGGUGGGACAAUUCGUAUACAGUGCAUUGCAAAGCAAGGCACUUCCCCCAUUACCUACAAAUGGGAAAAGGAUGGUAGUGUGCUACCAUAUUCUGCUACCACCGAUUCUUAUGGUUUGCUGACAAUACAUUUUGUAUCAGCCAAUGACACAGGCCGUUAUAUCUGCACUUGCUCAAACCAGGCUGGUACAAGCCGUAGCUAUUCUGACAUUACUGUACUUGUACCUCCAACUGUCUCUGUUGUUCCAUUCAGUCUGAUGCGUGCUAUUGGAUCCUCAGUUGAGUUCAAUUGUCAUGUGACUGCUGGUUCACCACCUCCAAGGAUCACAUGGAGAAAAGAUAAUGGUAUCCUGCCUGACACGGCAUCAGUAGUUAACAAUAACUUGAUCUUGAGUAACCUUGCACUAGAGGACCAAGGAACUUACACCUGCACUGCCGAGAACUCUGCUGGUCGUGCUGAAGCUACUGGUUAUCUGACUCUUCAAGCUCCUCCUGCUGUUGAGAUAACUGUGCACACAGCUGUGCAGUUUGUUGCAAUCGGUGAGUCAGUUACGUUUGAGUGUAAAGCAUCCGGUGACCCAACUCCCACAAUUCAGUGGACUCGUGUCGAUGCUGAAAUCCCUUUCAGCGCACAAAUAGAAGAAGGUAUGCUGACUAUACCAAUAGUACAGCUGGCAGAUGCAGGAACAUAUAGAUGUGUUGCCACCAAUGUUGUUGACUCUGUUCAUUCCCAAGUUAUUCUCUAUGUUCAAUCUGCCCCACAAGCUGUGAUCCAACCACCCAGUAGAACAACUGCAGUUGGUUCUGUUGUUGUCUUUACGUGCCUCGCCACUGGUUAUCCUUCACCAAGGAUCUCAUGGAGAAAACUUAAUGGUGAUUUACCUGCAAACCGAGUUAUUUCACGUGGUGUCCUGACCAUUAACAAUGUUGUAAAGGAAGACAGCGGCACCUACGUGUGUACAGCAAAUAAUACGCAAGGUGCAGUGGAAUACACAGCAGAACUUUACAUUGGUGGCUUCGUCCCAUACUUCCAACAGAUGCCCCUGUCCUAUAUUGAGUAUCCUAGACUAUCGAAGGCAUACGAAGAAUUUGAAAUUGAUAUUUCAUUCAAACCUGAAAGCCCUAAUGGUAUGCUCUUGUAUAAUGGGCAGAAGACUGAUGGUUCUGGUGAUUUCUUCUCAUUCGGACUAUUCGGGGGUCACGCCGAGUUCAGAUUUGAACUGGGAGGUGGUGUUGCAAUCAUACGAAGUGAAGAGCCAUUAGAAUUAGGUCAGUGGCAUACUGUAACAUUGAAGCGAAGUCUAAAGGCAGGUCAAAUGUUAGUACAUGGUCAGAAUGAAGUUUUUGGACAAUCUGGAGGUCAGUUCCAAGGUAUGGAUCUAUUACAGCACUUGUACCUUGGUGGCGUGCCUAAGUUUGGAGAGAUUGCUCGGAAUUCAGGACUAAAAGGUGGAUUUGUUGGUUGUGUGAGUCAGGUGAUUAUUGGAGGAGAGAAUAUUGAUCUUGGAGGAGAUGCUCUGUCACAAGUUGGUGUCACCAGUUGCCAGGUGUGUCAAGACAGCCCAUGCCUGAAUGGUGGAGUCUGCUCGGAAUCUGGAACAGAAGUUGGCUACCAGUGCAGUUGUCAGCCAGGUUUUGUUGGCCAGAAUUGUGAGCUGGAAGCCGAGCAAUGUUACUCCGGGGCAUGUGGAGAUGGACAAUGUGUUGCACAAGAAGGUGUACUUGGAUUUAUUUGCAGAUGUCCCCUUGGGAAGACCGGUGACAGGUGUCAGACAGGUAAAGACUGUGAACUUCUACGAGGGCCCUGUGAGACAUAUCCAUGCCAAAAUGGUGGAUCGUGUGUAACUCUUAGUGAAGAAUACAAGUGUUUUUGUCCAAUGGACUUCACUGGGCCAAAUUGCGAACUUGUCAAUACAUUUACUGAUGCCGUAGAAGUGUCAAGAGAUGGGUUCAUUGCAUUGAGAAGCGAUCUAAUACCAAGGAAUGAUCAUGAUCAAGAACAACUCAGAAUAUCGUUUAAAACGUUCACUCCAAAUGGUGUGAUCCUCUGGCAGGGUGUGAAUGAAGGCAAGAGUGGAAGACAGAGAGACUUCAUUGCCAUUGGUAUUAGAGAUGGUUAUGUAGUUUUUACGUUCCAGCUAGGUUCUGGGGUAGCAACCAUAGACUGGCGUCACUCCAGGGUUGACGAUGGUGUAGAACACAGUGCUUUUAUCCAGAGGAGUGGUAACCAAGGUUUCUUAUCUGUUGAUGGGAAUUCAACAAUCACAGGUCAAACACAAGGACAACACGUCAGGUUGGAUGUGCCUGGACCAGUUUACCUAGGUGGAGCUCCAGAUGUGGCCCGACUAACAGGCGGUCAGUUCACCAUGGGCAUUGUAGGAUGCAUAUCAGACCUACAGAUACACAGUGGGCAAGUGAACCUUCAAAGUGAGGCUGUAAGUGGGGAGAAUGUAGGCCCUUGUAUCUAAGACACCAUCUUAGCAUAAGAAAUGCCUCCAGAAUCCUGUUUUCUAUUUAGUGUUUUUAUCGUUCAUAAUGUUAAAAGUGGGGUUUCAUUACUUCCAAUGCUGCAUAGGAGUAUCCCAUGUCAAAGGUCAACAGGGUUUACUCUGAACAUCAUGCCAAUAAGUACUGUCAUUGAUUUAAGGAGAAAUGUUUUGAGUACAAAUUUUUGUUUUAUUGUAAUUAUACUUAAACCUAAAAUAUAUAGGUAUAAGCAAUGAGGACAGUAUUACACAAAAACUAACAGGAAGAAUAAACAAUUAUGUUAACUUAAAAUAUAAAAGGAGUA